AUGAGCUUUGGAGCCAACCUCUGUUUACGAAAACCGGAGAAGCUGGACGAGCCACGCAAAAUGACUGGGAUCAUUCCGACGGUUGGGAGCCCAGAGCUGCUGCUGCACCGUGGCUGUGUGUUGAUCCAGGGGACUCACUUACCUCAUGAAGUGGACCAGAUCCGCGACCUGGAGAUCCGCGACUCUGACGUGUUUGUGGUCACAUUCCCCAAAUCAGGGACCAUCUGGAUGCAGCAGAUCCUGUUAUUGCUCCAGUCCAAAGGCGACGUGGAGCGGAUUAGUAAAACAGACAAGUUUUCCAAUGGAGACGUGGUGCCGUGGAUUGAGGUGAAGGGACAGGUCCACAAGUUUGUCAAAGCAGAGUCCCCGCGCUUCAGGGUUACCCACCUGCCCUACACUUUCAUGCCCAUCGCACUCAGUCACAAGAAGGGAAAGGUGAUCUAUGUGGCCAGAAAUCCCAAAGAUGUUCUUGUGUCAUUCUACCACUUCCACAAGCUGGCCAUGAUGCUGGAGACACCCAGGAGCUUUGGAGACUUCUUUGACAAGUUCUUAAAAGGCGAAGUGAUGGGAGGAAGCUGGUUUGAACAUGUCAAGUCAUGGUUUUCUCACAAAGAUGACCUUAACAUGCUCUUCAUCAUGUAUGAAGAGAUGGUUCAGGACCUCACGGCAGCAGUGAGAAGGAUUGCAGAGUUCCUGGACAUAGAACUGACCCAGGAUCAGUUGCAGAAUGUAGUAAAGCACAGCACCUUUAAAAACAUGAGGAAAAUCCCCCAGGCAAACUACGAACAGGUGCCCGGAGACCUGCUGGACCACCACCAGGGCAGCUUUAUGAGGAAAGGCAUCACUGGGGACUGGAAGAACCACUUCACAGCAGCUCAGAACCAACAAUUUGACGAAGUCUUCAAUCGAGAAAUGAAAGAUUUUCCAGUGUCAUUUACUUGGGACAUAAGUGACACUUCAUAA